AGUCCGGUGUUCAGCCUGACAAGAAGCAGGAUCACUACUUGUUUGACCCCUCCAAGGAAACGGUGUAACGACUGCAUCUUUCGCACAUCCACAAUGUCCACGAACUCUGAGCCGGCCUCGACUGGCAACUUACCUGCUAUCUCAAUCUCCUUAACUCAGCAUCCUUAUACUGACCAUCCGUUUUCGCGACGGUACAUCAUCUUGGACAAGCAGAAUCCGACAUUGAAAAUCGGCCGCUCUUCCAAACUAGCUGCCAAAGGAUUUGUACCAAGUCCACAGAACGGCUGGUAUGACAGCCCGGUGAUGUCUCGACAGCACGCUGAGAUCAUCGCUGAUUUUACCCAGAAGCGGCUGAAACUGCGGGACCUUGGGUCGCUCCACGGAACGUACAUAAAUGAAAGCGACCAGCGACUUGAAAAGGACGAGCAGGUCGAGAUUAAGGACGGCGACAACAUUCGCUUCGGUGUGGAUGUCAUGAGAAAAAAGACGUUUCCCCCUACAAUCGUUAAAGUAGGUCUAGAGUAUGUCGAGGUCCCUAAAGCGCAGCUAGAGCAAGGCACUACUCGUCCGAGGGCUUCAAGUACAUUCAAAGUCCCCGACGUAUCAGACUCCGACAUGGAGUACCAGGACGAGGACUCGAACAUGGAGCCGCCGGGUACCCAAUUAGCGGCACGUGGGCUGUCGGGGCGAAGUUGGAAGGGUGAAGUAAUUGACCUCACUCACCCUGUUGGGUCUGGGAAUGUCAUCACAGACCCUCGGAAACAGGUUAUCAAUGUGGACCAAGAUGAUAACUACGAGAACAACUGGGGCCAGAGUGAUAAGAUCAACGACUCCCAUCAGAAUCACGACUCGCACUCAAAGUCAGACAUUGCCUCCAUACCAUCUCCGAAGAGUCCUAUCGGCAGCAACGACAGCAGCUGUAGCAAUUAUGGAUCAAGUGGAGAGGAUAUUUGGCCUCAGAACGUCGGUGCCCUUCAACCCACUGCAUCUGAAGCUCCCAACGCAUCUCUACAUGUCUCUCUAUCCCAACACCCCGUUCUAUCGCAGUAUUACGCUGCACUUGAUGAUGAUGAUGAUGAUUGGGACUCUGAGAUGAGCUCUGAUUAUGAGCCAGAGUAUGAGCCCGAAUCCGCUAAUUCGGAAGUGAGUGGAGGAGAUUUGAAUGGUGGCUUUGAAUACGAUUACCCAUACUCUGAGUCCGAUUCGGAUUUUUCCGCUGGCCAGGACUCAGAUGCAGAGUCAGAGGCAGAAGGAGUUUAUGGCAGGGAGCCUUCUAGCAACUGGGCCAUGCCAGACUUCAGCAACGUUGUGACUGGUCCAUCACCUAUCAUUUACAAGGGCCAUAGCACGGCUCGCCUUGUCACUCCAGAUAUCAAGGACGAUGUCAUUGAUCGCGCUAUCCCUCAAGUCAAUUACGCCACUCCUGCGGAUAUUCGGCCAGCAUCGUAUCCUGUCGAUUCUCCAUUGUUUCUAUCCUUCACUCAUCCUCGCGACGUUCAGCUGGCUACUCCCAGGUCAAACAAGUCGGCGGGAGAUAUCGAUGACACUUCUCCAAUCAAUAAACCACUAAAUGGACCUUUGGUAGAAAUGGAAGAAGCUCCCUGGUAUCCAUCUGACAAAGCAAAGUUCUUUGAGGCUCGGAAGGAAAACAGGAUGACCAUAAUGCAGUCUUCGCCCGUCACUAGGGAGUAUUCACGCCUUGCUAUCUCCGAUAUUAUGGAUGAGAAUGCCCCAGUUGGCAAAGGAAAGAGAAAGGCAGAAGCCAUUUCGUCUAACACCGAGGAAGACCUUGCAUGGCAAGCUAGCGAAGUACAGAAGUCCGAAGCAAGUGGCGAAAACGAGAGAGAGGAAGUACAGGAAGUCAUGGAGGUUGACAAGGACGUGGAGGUCGGCGAUUUGAUCGAACCUUCUACUGAGGCAGCGACAGAAAUUGCAAUGACAGUUGAGUCGCUCGAUUUGCCUGUCUCGGUCGUUACAUCGACUGUUCGCCUUGACGAUGACGACGGCGAUAGACCAACCAAGAGGCAACGGUUGCGCAAUAUUGCCGAGCGGGUCGGCUAUGUUGCUCUCGGAGGUGUAGCUACAGGUGCCAUGAUGUUCGGCGCAUUGGUUUAUACUGCACCCACCUUUGUCUGAGUUUUGGCUUACGGUUUCGUUUUUCGAGGCAUCUAUGGACAGCUUAACCAAUCCUGGAAGGUUGAGGAGACCUUGCAUGGCUGAGGAGACAUUGGACGGUUGAGAAGGUGGAAGGAUAUGGGUAUGGGGAUCUUGGGUUUUGUCAAUGUCUUUGUUCGGAUUCUAUAUGGGCACAACUUGUUGGCUGUUGCACUUUCACAUGGUCUUUCUCUGUUGGUUUUCUAGAUGCACUGGUUUUGCAAACAGUUCGAUGGUAUAUUCCCCAUUAAUUCUUGGUUCACUCUGGCGAGUAUCGCUUACAAGAACAAGGACGAGGACAAGAGCGCCAUGGCGGACGAUCCCUACCUGGUGUUGUCAAUGGUACCAAGUCGAUUACUUGAAUGGCUUCUCGGUUCUAGGUUACUAUACGCAAACCAUUGUAUGGUCACCAUCGCAAGGGAUCUUGGGUGCUCAGGUAUCAACCACUGUAGUCUAGCGUCGAAUGGUUUUUGAGUUAGCACU